AUGUUCUAUCCAACAUGUUAUGUAUAUAAAAUUGCUUCCAAUGAUGAAUCAUCUCCAAGUAAUGAAACAACUCCUUCAAAUAAAAAAACUGAAUUAUCUUCAACAAAAAAAUCUAAAAUUCCAACAACAUCAAAUAUUCCACCAGCACCAACAUCAUCGACAAUAAAUACACCAUUAGAUUUAAUAUCAAAUAAUAAUAAAAAUGAAAAUAUUCUUAUAAAAAAUCUUGCUAAUCAAAUAUUAAUUAAUGCUCAAAGAAAUAAUUGCAUUGAUCUUGAUAAAAAACAAGAAAAUAAAUGCUUAUCAAUUAGUGAUCCAAUAAAUCGUCGUACAUGUCGAUGUCAUCAAUGUUUAACACCAAAUACUCGUUUAUCAACAUCUAUUCCAUUUCAUCGCCGUCCUCGUAUAACUCCGCCCGUUCUAUCUGAUCCGUCCUCAAUUCGUACAAAAUCCGAACCUAUUAAAACUGAAAAUCAAUCUGAAUCCAUUGAAAAUACAAAUACAUUAACACAAAAUGAUCCUUUAACAUCUCAAUCAACAUCCUCGCCAAUAGUUAAUAAUCCAACUCCAUCAAAUCAACAAACAAUCAAUGAUAAAACAACAGAAUGGACAGCAACAACACCCAAUAGUGUUAGUAUGAGUGGUCCACCAUCAGUACUUGCUCCAAUAACAAAUUUAAAUUCUAUUCAAACAAAUUCUCCUACACCAGUUUCAACAUCAUCAUCAUCAAGAGGUUUAAAACGUUCAGCUACAGUUGCAUUUGAUGAUUUAUCAAUUGUUGAAGAUGAUGAAAGAGAACAUCAUAAACAAACAUAUGAUUUUCAUCGAACAGAUACAUUUUUACAAUUACCAUUAAAACGUUUUCGUUCUGAUACAAAUUCAAUAAUAAAUAGUAUACAAUCAACAUUAACAAUAAAUAAUACAUCAACAUUAACAACAACUGAUCAUCUCUAUCGUCAUGGUCAACCAACUCCACCGAGUCCUAGUCAUUUAUUACCUAGAGUAGAUCCAUAUGAUUUUGAUGAUGAUGAAGAUUCAACAUCUCGAACAAGUUAUCCUCCAUCAACUCCAACAAAUACUCGUCAAAAUCAAUCAUCUUCAUAUACAAUAGAUGGACCAUCUAUGGCAGAUCUUGAUACAAUUAUUGAUUCACAUGAUAUAAAUGACAAUAAAACUACAAAUUCCAAUGUUCUUUCACAUAUUCUUUCAAAUGGUGGUGUUAAAUCACCUAUGCGUAAAGACAAUUCACUUGUAUAUUCAUUACCACCACCACCACCACCUCCUACAAAUUUAUUAAAUACGAAUGGCAAUUCAUUUCCUAUUAAUAAAUCACUUAACGGAGUUUUUCAUGAAAUGGAACAAAUUUACAAUACUCCACCUGGUUCAUCUUCAUCUGAAAAACUUCAAGCAUUACAUUCUCCCUAUGCUAUUAUGGUUGAUAGUGUGAGUAGCGCUGCAACAACAUUUGAUAUGCUCAAUCAAUUUAGUCAAGAAUCAAUUAUAGCUCCAUUUGAAUCUAUAACUGUUGAAGAUCAUUCAUCCUAUCAUCCAUUAAAAAAAACUCUUUUAACUAAAUCAAAUAAACGUUAUGAACCAUCAAAAUCAUUUUCUAUAGCAAUAUCAUCACAUCAUAAACCAUUAAGACAUUGGAAACGAACAUUAACAACAAAUGAUUAUUCAGCCAGUCCAUUUAAUAGUCAACAAAUUCUUCGUCAACAACAUACACCACGUUCUACUGAUAUGCGUAAUACAUCAAUGUCUAUAUCAAAUGUUCCAACACCAACAUUAUAUUCACCUAUGAAUAAUAAUCCAUCAAUACGUUCAAAUGAUUUACAAUCAUCACCAUUUCCAAUACGAUCUGUUGGUAGUGUACAAGCUAUAAAUAGUCCAACAACAUAUUCUCAACCAACAUUAAUUAAUCAACCAGAAGUCGAUUCAUUAUUAUUUAAUGUUUUACUUAAUGAUAGUAUUUUAAAUUUAUUUCGUGAUAUGAAUUUUGAUUCAUGUGUUUUAUGUGCAUGUACACCAAAUGAAUUAAAUAUUCGUGGGAUUGAUUCAACAAUUUAUCUUGAAAAACCACGAGAUUUUCUUAAAACACCAUCAACACCAACAUCAGCUGGUGCCCAAAAUCAACCAUCACAAUCACCAUAUCAUCCACAUAUGUAUUCCCAUCAACAAUCAUCAUAUCAUAUGCAUUCACAUCCUCCAAUGUAUGCUCAACAACAACAACAACAGCAACAACAAGUCAUUCCAUCAACAAACAAUAAUACGAAUAAUAAUGCUAAUAAUAAUAAUAACAAUAACAAUAAUAAUAAUAAUUUAUGUUCCUGUGGUUUUUCUGCAGUUGUUAAUUUACGUUUAAGUUAUUUAUCUGGUUUAUUUUAUGAAGAUGAAGUUGAAAUAACCGGAGUUAAAGCCGAUUUAAAAUAUCGUACAUCUAAUGAUCGUUUACCUGUUAAUUUAUUAGAAUUAAUUGAACGUAAAGAAUGUUUACCAUCACCAUUUGAUUAUUUUAUUAAUAAAAAUCUUCAAACAUCAUUAAUAAAUCGGAAAAAUGAUCAAGAUGUUUCUCAAAUAUUAAAACAACCUGUACAUCAAUAUGAAAAUUGGGCGUGUCGAGCAGCAAUUGAACAAUCACGAAAUAUUGUAAAUAGUUUAAUCGGUGAUGAUCUUGAUAAACAUCACUGGUUACAUCAAUGGUCAUAUUCAACAUCUCCACUUGAUUCUGAUCAACAAUUAAUAACUAUGUUACGUUCAUUACAACCUUUAUUAGUUGAAGCAUUAAAAAAACGAAAUGUUAAUGGUCUAUGGAGUACAAUAGAUGGUCCAUUAACAUGGAAAUCUUUUCAUCAAUUAUUAUAUGUACAAAAUCAACAUGUACAACUUGAAGAACAAAUAAGUGGACCACAACCUAUUCCAUAUGUUCUUGCUGGUCUUGAUCGUGAAUGGGUUAUGUUAGCACCAUAUAGUUUAAAAUUUUGGGAUAAAUUAUGUCUUGAACCAUAUUCAAAAGGCAAAGAUAUUGCAUAUGUAUGUGUAGUACCAGAUAAUGAUUAUAUAUGUACAAUGACAAAAACUUAUUUUCGAGAAUUAUCUACACAUUAUGAAUUAUGUCGAUUAGGUUUACAUAGACCUUUAUUAAAAGCAUUUUCUGAUCAAGGUCUUUUACGUAUAUCACAAUCGAAUAAUGAUUUAUCACAACUUCCAAAUGUUGAUCAAUGGUUUACUGAUCAUGAAACAACACAUUCACUUGGAAAACGAUUAAAACUUUAUGCUCAAACAAUCAAAGGACAACUUUUUAAUCUUCUUUCCACACAAUCAUUUGAUAAUACAUUGUUAGAAGAAGGUACAACACGUCGUGAUGUAUUUCGUACUCCUAAUGAUGUUUCAAAUCCAUCAUCUUCAUAUGAUCUUCAUACAUCUAAUAGUGAUAUAACAAAUAGUGGUUAUGCUCUUUCUCCUUCAUCAACGUCAGCAACAGUAACAUCAACAACAACAGCAGCAAAUAAUAUAUUAGCAAAUAAUAUUUAUACAACAGGAUCCGUAACAAGUGAUGCUCUUAGUUUAUCAUCAAAUAAUAUCUCAUCAAUACCAAAUGGUACAUUUGUUAAUGGUCAUCAAGUUGAUCCAGUUGAUCUUCAAGCAUUUGAAUCAUUUCAUCAAGGACGAAUAUCAAAUGAUGAUCAAUUUUUCAUUGUUAUUUAUCUUAUUGAUACAUUUCGAUAUGAAAUAACAGCAACAUUAACUGAUGAGAAUGGAACUAAUAAUAAUAACGAUACUGAUAUUGAUGAUAGAAUGGAUGCUUAUGUUAAAAAAGCUAUCUUUCGUGCUUAUAUGGAUCUUAUUAAAGAUUUACCAGAUAAAACUUCAAUUCGAGUUAAUAUCCAGAUUAUACCAUUUGAGUCAAUAAUUAGUCAACAAAUUGAAUCUGAUUCUGAAUUACGUUUAACUCAAUUGAAACGUUUAGCAUUUAAUGUUUACGGACAAUUGAAACGAACAAUUUCUUAUACAACACGAGCAAAAUCAUUGACUGGCUUUGGUCCAGCUGCAUCGGAAGAAAAAAUGCCAGCGAAAAUUGUUAUGCAACUUUAUACACCAGCUUAUAUUCUUUCGCCUAAAUCAGAUUUUCGUUUUAAAGCAUUUGCUGAUAUAACCGAACAGACAAAUAUUAAUGGAAGUAUAUUAUUUUGUUCAUAUUGUUUAUCGGAUGAUCAACGAUAUUUAUUAGCAUCAUGCUCAGAUGAUAGAGGAGAAUUAUUAGAAACAUGUUCAAUUAAUAUAGAAGUGCCGGAUAGACAUAGAAGAAAAGUACAACAUGCUCGUCGAAUUGGUUUACAAAAAUUAUGGGAUUUUAUAAUUCGUGUUGUAACAAGUACAACAAUGCCAUGGAGAAUUGUUAUUGGAAGAUUAGGAAGACUUGGACAUGGAGAAUUAAAAAGUUGGGGAAUAAUUUUAUCGAAAAAAAAUCUUGUACGUUGUGCAACAUUAAUACGUGAUUCAUGUUCAAUGUGUCAUAUAUUACGUUGUCAUGAUCAACCAGUUAUUCUAUCAGCAUGUUUAAUAUCUAUGGAAACACAUCCAUCAUUAACUGUUCUACCUGAAUCACUUGAACUUGGAGAAAUGCGUGGAACACAAGCACCAAAUGCAACUUCAACUACAUUACAAAAUGGUGGUCAAGUAUUAGAUGAUAUUUCUGUAACACAUAUUCUUACAUUACCAACGUCAGCUUCUGUACAGCAUGUUCAAACAAUGCCUAGACCGAAUGAUCAUCGUUCAACUGGUGAAGGUGAUGAUGAUUUAUUUAGUAAAUUAUUUGAAGAUCUUGAUCAAGAUGGUCCACCAAAUGAAGCAUUCGAUAAUAUUACAUCUCCUACACCAGUUGAUUUAGAAUUUUCAUCGAAUUAUGGUCUUGAUAUAAAUCAUAAUACAAAUGGUUUAGCAAGUGGUCAACAUAAUCGUUUAGGUAAUUCUUCUAAUGUUCAAAAUGAUUAUAAUGGUAAUCAUCCAUAUGGAAAUUCAUCGAAUGGUACAAAUCAUAAAUCAAAUAAUUAUCAACAUUUUGAAUAUGAAAUUGAUAUGAAUGAUCAUCCAUCUUUACAUCAACAACCAUUAGCACUUGGUUUUUAUGUUUCAACAAUAGGUACAUUAAAUCCUUUACCAUUAUGGAUGUUACAUGGAAAAUUAAAUCAUCGAACAACGAAUACAUGUAGUGUAUUCAAAGCAACAUUGCAUGUUAGUGUACCCAAUGCUCAACAUUCAGAUGAUAUGUUAUUUGCUCAGAGUAAUGAUCAAAAAUUAACUCAUCCAUUAGAUUCAAAUUAUACUUAUGUUGUACUUAGACAUGUUUUGGAAUCUUAUAAUCGUUUAUCAUGGUUACUAAUUGAUGCAAAAACAAAUGAACGUGCCAGUUGUUUACCAAUUCAUAUGGAAACAUUAUUGAGAUUAUAUCAUGCUUUUCUUAAAUUUGUAUGA